GCAAUUCACAGUGGUAAUAUAUGUAUGUGGCAGAUGUAAAGCGUCGUUAAAUAAAUACUUCACCGUCCGUUGUACAUAAUUCACGCUGCUCAUGAGAGUAGAUAAGAAGAAAACCAUGGUAUCUAUUACAUCACUUUUGGCUCAGAAAGCUGGAAGUUCUUACACGACUUCCCCACUUAUCGCUUUAGCAAGUAUAGCAACUAGUGUGGUGACUAAUAAAGUGGGUCCAACAUUUUACAAUCGAAACCCAAGGAACUUGGAAAGACUGCGAAUUGCUUGGAGGCCUACUGGCUAUCAUUUGGAAGUUCCAGGACGAGAAUUUUGGCACAAGUUGUUAUUGGAACAAAGCCCUCACCAUGUGACUGCAAAAAUAGUGCAUUAUUCAGGAUUAGAAGUAGUCACUGCUUCAACAAAGGAGUGGGCCGUCAAGAAGUUCUUGUAUAGCACUAAGGAUACAUCUGCUUUCAUGAACCUGGCACGCGUGUUUGCUCAGCGAUGUUUGGAAUCUGGCAUUUCAGAAGUUUGUUGUGACUUGAAGCCUUAUCCGGGAGGAAAGGUCGAAUCUUUUCUUUUCUGUAUGGAAGAAGGUGGCAUGACAUUGGCAGAGCCCCCGCGGUUCAAACCGCAUCGGCCAUGGCACGUGGAUCGCCCUGAGAAACCUUGGGAAGUUACAGAGUGAUUGAGUUGUAGGAGACUUUCAAUGUUGUUGUUUAGUUUUUAAACAUUGAUUUAUGUAACUGUAUAGGGCAUUGCGUGCAUUUCCAGUAUGAUGAGUAUACUUCAGAGAUCAGUAGAAUAGUUGUAUGGUACAGAGUCUGUAACAAAAUGAAGGUCCAUAUGAAGUAAGUGGAUUCAGUUUUUGGUGAGAAUAGAUGGUACUUUAUUUCUUGACUUGCUGAAACACAUUAUACUCACAGGAUUUGUUUGGAAUUUUUCUUGUAACUGUUGUUAAUGUAGCCUUUAUGAAUAAAUGGCAAAAAUAAUUUUGAAA